GGUGUGGGGAAAAGGAUUGAACCACUCAAGAAAGGAACAGGGGGAGUCUCAGUCAUCGAAACCAAAACAUUUGUUGCCUGUGCUUAUCAAGUAGAUUUGUUUGUGGAAUACUAGCCUUACGACGAGGCCACGAGUCAGACGAAGACAAAAAGCGGAUUGUGCCUUGUCACAAUGUAUUCUGGAAACUAACAACAGGCUAGGCUAUUUGUCGCAAGUUCGUAGACCUACAUGUAAAUGUUCACUCAGGCGAUCCGCGGAAGUCGUUUGAUUUCCCAGACUAAGUUCUAUACAUGGGGCACACGAAUGCGUAUGGAUUCAGGGUUCCUCCAGGCCAAUGUUGUCAUCCUGCACAAGAACCUGGCGGAUGACUUUGAGGCAUUCUGUCGUGCCAAUGGCAGCCCCCUGCCUCUGCUGUACCGGAGCCAGACAGGAGAAUGGGGAUGCCCUCCCCUGGCUGCCAAUGCAGACAUUAGGACAGACUGUCCCCAGUACUGUGUGUUUGAGAAUGGUGUGUUGACCAGCAAAGUGGCCAACCUGCUGCCUUACACCAGUCAGUUGCAGAACAUGGUGAGCUUCUACCUGGGCUGCAGCUUUAGCUUUGAGAGUGCCUUGGAGAAGGCCGGCGUGCCUGUACGCAACGUGGAACAAGGCAAAAAUGUCAGCAUGUUCAGGACUGCGCGGCCCUGUCAGAGAGUUGGUGGCUUUGAGUGCCCUCUUGUGGUCACAAUGAGACCUGUGCCUCAGGACAAGCUGGACAUUGUGGCCCAGUGUACCCACCUGAUCCCACAGGCCCAUGGAGGCCCGGUCCACAUUGGAGAUCCAGUCUCUUACUCCACCCUACCACCCUACCCCACAGCGAUGCUGGGUAUCCAGGAUUUGACCCAACCAGAGUACGGAGACCCAGUGGAGUCCCGCUCAGGAGAUGUGCCAGUUUUCUGGGCCUGUGGCGUGACUGGCGUCGAGGCAGUUCAGAGCAGCAAGGCUUCCCUGGCCUUCACCCACUCCCCAGGCUGCAUGUUUGUGACCGAUAAAGAGGACAUGGCCACGUCCCCGCUCACAGUCAAACCAUCUGAAUGCCCGGAGACCUUCUGCAUUUCCCAGAAUCCCUUGCACUACAGCAUCGCCUCCAAGGCCACUGUGGAGAAAAUUCGACAGCUGGAGGAGAUUGCUGUGGAAGAUCCUGGCCAGCGGGGUAUAAGGGUGCUGUUUGUCCAGGACGAGCUGGUCAGGUCAUGCCUUUCCCUCUCCCACGCCUCGUCCGUGCUCAUCACCACCGGCUUCCCCACCCACUACAUGCACGACCCGCCUGAGGAGACAGACGGCCCGCCGGGCGCCAUCGCCAUGGCCGCCACGCUCCAGUCCCUGGGCAAGCAGGUGGCUGUGGUGACGGACCAGCGCGCCCUGGACAUGAACCGAAGGAUCGUUCAGGACGCCGUGGAGAGAGGUGUGAUAAAGACCGCUGUCCCCCUGCUCAGCUUCCAAAACACGGGGCCAGAUGCGGCCAUUCACUUCCUGUGUCAUGAUGGAGACCCUAAUAAACCCAGGUAUGACCACUUGGUGGCAAUAGAGCGCAGUGGCAGGGCAUCAGACGGAAACUACUACAACAUGAGGAUGGUGAACAUCAAGCACCUGGUGGAUCCUAUUGAUGACCUCUUCACUGCUGCCAGCUCCAUCCCUGGUAUUUCUACCACAGGCAUAGGCGAUGGAGGUAAUGAGUUGGGCAUGGGCAAAGUGAAGGAUCUGGUGAAAACUCACAUGCCCAAUGGGGGUGUCAUUGCCUGUGAUGUGCCUGCUGACUUUGCUGUAACCACAGGUGUAUCUAACUGGGGAGGCUAUGCAGUUGCCUGUGGUCUGUACCUUCUGAACUGCUGUCCUAUCCACCUGCGCUACCUGCAAUGUGGUCUGGGCCAGCCCCCUACAGCUCAAGACCAGGAGGCCUGGGCCAACAGCCUGCCCACGGUGGAGAAGGAGGAAGAGCUUCUGUCCAUCCUUGUGAAGUAUGGUGUGCGCAGUGGAAAGACGGGGAACCUGGCUCUGGAGGUGGAUGGCUUGACCUUUCACCCCACGCACUCUGACCUCAUUAGGCGCCUGAGAGAGGUCACUCUGCCUGCCCCGUCCUCCUCUUAGUGACGUCACUGGUCGUGUACAUCAACCAUUAGAGUGAACCAUUGGCCAUGCUAAAGUAUUUGGGUUCAGUUCCAUGCUUAAAGAUCAUGUAAGAGACAUUAGCAUCUUAAUAAUUUAAAUAACUCGCAGGUGUGGAUGUUCCUCUUUGAAAGCAUUGUAAUGCCAGACAUUAUUGAAAUUUCAGUUGUUGAUUAUAGAGCAGCACUUCUGUUUUCAUGACACAAAAAUAUUGCUUAUAUGUGUGUAUGAUUUUAAUUAGUAAAAAAAGUUUAAUCUACA